AUCUUUCUCGUCAGAUUCGUAUCGCCAUUUUCAUAGAGUUGUUUAUCUAUAUACCCUAAAACCCGAGCCUCUGUCCUUCACUUUUUUGGCUCUUCACAGCCCACAAACUUUUCUUCUCUUAACCCGAAGCUGAAGGAACUACCGUAAAACGGCCAUGAAUGUGCCAGAAAACGACCCCAAAGCUCUCAUUUUUUCCCUCUCUGACCAAAUCCUUCACAUUCACAGCUUCAAGGGUAAAUGGUCUUUAAUCAAGGCAAAGCUACUCGAUCUCCAAACUCACCUCGCCGAUUUUGCUGAUUUCCCAACUCACACUUCUAACCCUCUCGCUCUCGACCUUCUUCAUUCAAUCUCCGACACCCUCCACCAUGCCGUUUCUGUGGCCGCCAAAUGUCAAGGUCCCGAUUUGACCGAGGGUAAGCUCAAGACCCAGAGCGAUAUCGACUCGAUUCUGGCCAAGCUGGAUCGACAUGUCAAGGAUAGCGAGAUUUUGAUAAGGAGUGGGGUUCUACAAGACGGUUGUGUCUCCGUUUCUUCCUCGAAAAAGGAGGCUGUGCGGGUGGAGUCGAGGAACUUGAUAACCCGGCUGCAGAUUGGGAGCUCCGAGUCCAAGACCGCAGCAAUGGACUCCUUGCUGAGUUUACUGCAAGAGGAUGACAAGAACGUGAUGAUAGCGGUGGCUCAGGGAGUGGUGCCUGUUCUCGUUCGUUUACUGGAUUCGAGCUACUUGGAAAUGAAAGAAAAGACCGUUGCUGCGAUUGCUAGGGUUUCUAUGGUGGAUAGUAGCAAGCACCUUUUGACCGCGGAGGGAUUGUUUCUAUUAAAUCACUUGCUUCGAGUUCUCGAAUCGGGAAGUGGGUUUGCAAAAGAAAAAGCUUGUAUUGCUCUUCAAGCAUUGAGCUUUUCGAAAGAGAACGCCAGGGCUAUUGGGUGUAGAGGUGGAAUUUCAUCUCUAUUGGAGAUUUGUCAAGCUGGAACUCCUGGUUCGCAGGCCUUUGCAGCUGGGGUUUUGAGGAAUCUCGCUGCAUUUCAAGAAAUCAGAGAGAAUUUCGUAGAGGAGAACGCGGUUUCCGUGUUAAUUGGGCUGGCCUCCUCUGGUACUGCCUUGGCGCAAGAAAACUCUAUUGGGUGUUUGUGUAAUCUGGUAUCUGGCGAUGAGAAUUUGAAGCUGUUGGUUGUUAAGGAGGGAGGCAUCGAGUGCUUGAAGAAUUUCUGGGAUUCUGCUCCAAGUGGAAGGAGCCUGGAGGUGGCUGUUGAGUUGCUGAUGCAUUUGGCUUCAUGCCCGCCCAUUGCCGAGGUUCUGGUAUCUGAUGGGUUUGUCAAUCGGGUUUUGACAGCAUGCAGUUGCGGGGUUUUGGGUGUGAGAAUCGCUGCUGCUCGAGCUGUUUAUGAGCUGGGAUUCUGCUCAAAGACAAGGAAGGAAAUGGGUGAAGUUGGAUGCAUCAGUCCAUUGAUCAAAAUGUUGGAUGGCAAGGCUGUUGAAGAGAAAGAAGCCGCCGCAAAGGCCUUGUCAGUGCUCAUGUUGUGUACAUGUAAUAGGAAGAUUUUCAGAAAAGACGAGAGAGCAAUAGUGAGCACAGUCCAGCUUUUGGAUCCUCAGAUACAGAAUUUGGAGAAGAAAUACUCUGUUUCAAUUUUGGCUGCUAUUGCCAAUUCAAACAAGUGCAGGAAGCAAAUGGUUGCUGCUGGUGCUUGCUUGCAUCUACAAAAGCUUGUUGAGAUGGAUGUUGAGGGCUCUAAGAAGUUGUUAGAAAUCCUCAGCCGGAGCAAGAUUUGGGGUGUUUUUGCAAGACCAUAGCCAAUGGAAGAUUAUUCAUUCUGUAUGCUAAGUAUAGUUUGUGUUUACUGAUUAUUGGUUUUCCUUUUUUUUUUUUUUUGUUUUUUUUUUGUUUUCUGGUCUAUCUUAAUUUGUUGUUGAUAAAGGUUUUUAGUUUGCUGUACAAGGAAACGUUAGUAGUCUAAUUGCCCUGAAAAUAUUUGCUGUAGAGAA